AUUAGUGCCGGGCCCUUGGAACUCGCUCAAAGAGGCGGCGAAGGAGAAAUUCCCCUCCCCAACCAGUAGGAGGCGGCGAGCAACCAUGGUGCUUCAGCUCUGCGCCACUCACCCGGUCCCGACCAAAGCACGUCAUCUGCCACUUCCCCUUCCUGCCGCCGGGCCUCUCCUCCCCAAUCGCCUAAUGAUGACGCGCAUAGCGUCAGGUUGCCAUGACAACUAAUUGUUGGUCCUCCGAACAGGUUGGUGGUGGUGAUGACCAUGACUGCAAAUAUGAGGAACUUUCCUCCGAAGGUAAAACGUCUCCUUUCCUCGGUACUAAACAAGCGCAAGCUGAUUCGUCAGCACUCUGUGACGUCACAGGCAAUCGCCAAUACAGGAACUUGUCUGGCGACAGAUCCUAGGCGAGCACCCCCAUCACCAACCUUCUCGCCACUAGCCUUACCAUGGGACGCAUCUUAGAUUUAGUUGGGGAAAAUCUCUCAUUCUAGAGACCCCGAGAAGCUGGGUGACUUGCGAGGGUCAUACUGGCACUGGGGACAAAGCUCUGCAGUCUAACCCAGGUUCUCUGAGCUCCACAUCCAGCGCCUUUUCCACGACGGACCGUGAAUGGUCCAUCAGCUUGGACCUUUCCCAGGAAUUUAAUCCUAGUUCUGCUAUUUGCCACUUAUUGACAGGGCGAAUCUUGAGCAAGACAUUUCGCAUCUAGGCCUCUGUAAGAUAAGGGAGGAUUGGAAUCCAACCCAGCCAUUAGUGUUUUCUCUUUUGAAAUUACACAGUCUAGGGGCAGCUAGGUGGCGCAGUGGAUAAAGCACCGGCCCUGGAUUCAGGAGGACCUGAGUUCAAAUCCGACCUCAGACAGUUGACACUAGCUGUGUGAUCCUGGGCAAGUCACUUAACCCCCAUUGCCUUGAAGAAAAGAAAAAAAGAGAAAUUACACGGUCUAACCUCCUAAAUACUUAGCAUUUGCUUCUUUGUGUACCUGUUUUCUCCCAAUAGGACGUAAGCUCCUUGAGGGCAGGAACUUUAUUUUUUUUUAAUUGUCUUUGUAGCUUCAGCUCUGUGGAACAGUACUUUUCACAUAAAUAGUAGGCACAUAAACAUUUGUUCAAUUGGAUAGGAUUAGAUGACCCUCCUGCCCUAAGUCCUUUGAUCCUCAGGUCUACUAGAGAAGGAACUACUGUUCAGUUCAGCACUCUACCAGCACAAGACUAAGAGGAUAAAAACUUAGUUAUGGUUUGAAGUCCAGGGCCUCUGAACUUUGGAUCAUUGCUCACUUCAGUUAUCCUGCUGCCUGGUGAUAUCAGCACAGCAAACUUCACAAAGAGGGGCCAAUGACCUACUUGCUUGGUCUCACUAUCCAGUGUAUCUUCAGUUCCAUCAGCUCUGCCUUAGGUAUUGGCAGUGGCCGCCUCAUCAUGGCCACAGAGAUUCCAUCUGGACAAGAAGGGUGAAGAUCCUCAUUUCCUUUGGGUUGAUAUUCCGAAAUCUAAGUUUGGUGACCUGUCAACCCCAUAGAGAUUAUGGAAAAGAGAAUUCAAGGCCUCCUUUGCCCUUCUGAAAAAGUUUCAAGGGAGCCAUUACUAUACAGAUCAACUCUCUCUAGCUCAGACCAGAAAUUAUCCUUUUCCUGCUUUCUCACAAAUCCACAAUAUGGCUGCCUAAUGCAUGCAGAUGGCCAUGGUGAAGUAUGGACAGACUGGAAUGAUAUGUCCAAGUUUUUCCAGUAUGGAUGGAGAUGUACAACCAAUGAAAAUUCUUACUCCAACCGUACCUUAAUGGGCAACUGGAACCAGGAGAGGUAUGAUCUUCAGAAGAUUGUACAACCAAAACCUCUGCCUUCCCAGUUUGGUCAUUAUUUUGAAACAACCUUUGCUGACAGCUACAAAAAGAAGCUACCUCCACCCCGAAGGUUUAAAAAAGAGCCUCACUGUUUCCCUGGACAUCAAACUGAGCUGAUUCCUCCUCCAUACAAAACUAGUGCUACAGGAAAGACAGAUUACAUGGUGAAUUAUUCAGUACCUCAAACCAGGGAAGACCUUGGCUGUGUAUGGGGUCCUAAAAAUGGUCAAUCCUAAGGCACAGGCAUUAGGGAAACAGGACAAGCUCCUUUGUUCUAGAGUAAAAUAUAACUGGGAAUAGUUCUCUAUUCAACACAGCUAAGAGCUCUGCUUUCUGUAACAUAGUAACUCUUCUCUGAAUUAAAAAUA